AUGUUGCGUACCGAGAUUGCUCACGAGCAAGUGUUAGUCAGCCCGGAAAAGAUGCAACACUUCCAGGUUGCCGUUGAUUGCUUGACUAAGGCGCGCGGCGACGCAGACGUCGUUCGCUGCUGGCACGGGUCGACCGUCAACAACAUUGAGAAGAUCGCGCAGCACGGCUUCGGGAUCUUCAGUUACGCAGAGAAUGGAAGACUGUAUGGAAACGGCGUCUAUUUGGGAGCCUCUGUCGCUGUAAGCAACGACUACGCCAAACCGGACGCAAAGGGGACUCGCCACAUGCUGCUGUGCAAAGCUGCACUUGGAAAGCUGGAGACGUCCAUCCAUACGAUGACGCAGCCGAGUAGCGGUCGCUACGACAGCGGCACUGACAACAUCUUCGCUCCACGACUCUAA